AUGUCGUUUGCACAGUUGCAAUUGCUACCUCCCAGGGGAGAUGUCAGUCUCACGAGAUCCAUCGCCAAGAACUUCUCUGUCUACCGACGACCACGAUGGUUCCGAGCAGCUCUUCUCUGCUUGCUGGGCUCGUUUGUGUACCACUUCGUCGCAGAGACAUUCCACCAAUCCGGAUCCGUUGGCCGACUCAAGGCCGAUAUUCUAGAGGCUGAAGUAAACGCCAUAUCCCUGAAUCAUACGACAGUCCUGUUUCCACGCGCCCCCGCCGUGACAUGGGACAAGGCAAUCCAGACUGGCGACAUGAUCAUCUGCCUGGUCGAUGGCACAACGGAAGCUGCACAGGCCUACUUGGAUCGUGUCAAGCCCGGCCAGCGGGCUACAAGCAGCUGGACCAAUCCCGAUUCCUUGGCCGCGAAUGGCUGGCUGACUCGGGACAAUGAGAAGCAACCCGGGUUUACUGACGCCUUCGAUUCCAUAUUUACUUCCAUCGGCCUGAAUGUCGCCAACAACGUCUUCAAGAACUGGAGGCAACUUAAUACCGUCAUCUAUGAAAAACGUGAAUACCAGGCAACUGGGGGCAGGUAUGGCAAUGUGUUCAACCCACAAGGAGGCAUGAUAGCAGCCGAUGAGAAUUACAGCCCCGCCACCGAGUCGGACCGGCCCAAGGACACGAUUGUGCCACUCCAGCAAUGGUCCGAUGUGGUGUUCCUCGCCUGGAAGAGUCUGUGCCAGGCCGCCAACGUGGGCACGGGUGGGCUGAGGCACAUAUUUCGGAUUGGCGUGUCCAGCUCCGGCACGGACGCUAUCAUCACACAGGCUGUGGGUUCAGCCAGAGAGCACAAUACGUGGGCCAACAAAGUGACGUUCAACAAAGGCUCCGACGAGUUCAAGGCAAUCUUGGGCACGGUAAACGGCUACGGCAUUGGAUGGCUUCUUCUACAGCACCGUGCAGACUUGGGGUUGCUGACUAUCAACUCGAUAUCGUACUUUUACACUGUCGAAGAAGAUCCGGAUCUUGGUGAAAUGGACUAUCAGAAUUUGUAUUUCGAAAUCGUUCCUCAGACAUAG